GGAGACUCGACUCGAGUUCAGUGCGAAACCACCAUCCUCGCGAGCCACUUUCUCCGUCUCGUUUAUCGAACGCGAUCCGCUCGUCUUUCCUCACGCUGAUUCGAGAAACGGUACUUCGGUCAUCUUUCAGUCGCGGUCCAUUUCAUCUACCGACGAAGGGAUAAAAAUACAAAGACAGAGGGGAGCAGCGUUACGAAAGGAGAAGGCAAGACUGGGAAGGCUGGCGUUGAUGCAAAGAGGAUGGCGUACAGCUGGAACAAUCGUGUCGAUUUCAUUGUAAGGUUUCUCUACGACACGGACAACAAUGGCAUGGUGGAGAGGCACGAUUUCGAGUGCAUGGCGUUGAAAAUGACCCUGAUCGAGGGAAAGGGGGAGUUUAGCUACAGUCGAUACCAAGAGAAUCUGCACAUCAUGCUUUCCUUGUGGGACGAAAUCGCGGAACUCGCAGAUUUUAAUAAGGACGGUAUUGUAACUAUUGAGGAAUUCAAGGACGCGGUACAAAGAAGCUGCGUCGGAAGAGAGUAUCGAGACUUCCCGCAGGCGAUGAAGAUGUUUAUCGAUAGCCACUUUAAGCUGGUCGAUUUAAACGACGACGGAGUGAUUGCUGCCGAUGAAUUUCGCUACAAUUGCGUGACGAGGAUUCCCGUAGACAACAUACACAUUCUGGACGAAGCCUAUCAAAGCCUCCUAAAUGAUGACGACAGGAGACGCGGUGGAUUGACUUUGUCACGCUACCAGGAAUUAUACGCCCAAUUCCUCGGUAAUCCGGACGAGAAUUGCCAGGCGGUUCACUUGUUCGGACCUCUCCAUGCAAUGGAUUGAUCAAAGAUCGUUUCGAGAACAGCAGUUCUCGCGUGCAUGUACAAAAGACAACUCUAACUCUGUUUAAUAAUAAUUGUUAUUUAAUUUCUGUAAGAAGACGAUGCAAUAAAUCGCAUAUUUUAUCGUAAACUCAA